GGGAACCUGGUGGUCAUGUGGAUUAUCCUGGCCCACAAGAGGAUGCGGACAGUGACCAACUACUUUUUGGUCAACCUAGCUUUCACCGAGUGCUCCGUGGCUGCCUUCAAUGCUGUCAUCAACUUUGUCUACGGCAUCCACAACGAAUGGUACUUCGGCCUCGGCUACUGUCGUUUCCACAACUUCUUCCCCAUCACUGCCAUGUUCGCCAGCAUCUACUCAAUGACUGCUAUCGCCCUGGACAGGUACAUGGCAAUCAUUCAUCCGUUGAAACCAAGAUUAUCAGCUACAGCCACUAAGGUCGUGAUUGGGGCUAUCUGGGUGGUGGCAUUGUCGCUGGCCUUUCCGCAGUGCUAUUACUCCACAACUGUGCAGUUCCCAGGCAGAGUGGUAUGUUACGUGGAGUGGCCUGAGCAUGCAGAGAAUAGCACAAGCCAUGAAACGACGUAUCAUGUCUGUGUAACAGCCCUUGUCUACUUCCUGCCUCUGACGGUGAUGGGCUAUGCUUAUACCAUCGUUGGAAGGACAUUGUGGGCAAGUGAGAUUCCAGGAGAUUCCUCAGACAGAUACAGGGAGCAGAUGAAUGCUAAAAGAAAGGUGGUGAAGAUGAUGAUCAUUGUGGUGACCACAUUCGCUGUGUGCUGGCUUCCCUAUCACAUCUACUUCUUGCUCUACCUCUUCCAUCCAGAAAUUUACCAGAAGAGGUACAUCCAGCAAGUGUACCUGGCCAUCAUUUGGCUUGCGAUGAGCUCCACAAUGUAUAACCCGAUCAUCUACUGCUGCCUCAAUGAGCGAUUCCGAGCUGGAUUCCGACAUGUUUUCCGCUGGUGUCCAUUUGUAAAAAACAAAGAUUACGAGGGGCUGGAGAUGAAAUCAACCAAGUACUUCCAGACCCAGGGCAGCAUGUAUAAAGUCAGCAGGAUGGAGACCACUGUGUCCACAGUCAUCAACCAAAAUGAGGAUGAUAUCGAUGAUAAUAUCAAGGCAACGCAUUUGUCGCUGGACUUGAACUCCAACGGCUCUUCACGUAGCAUCUCAAAGGCUGGCUCUGAGUCCUCCACUCUCUCCUGCAGACCAGAUCCCUACUAAAUAGUCUGUCAGCUUUGUGCCAAUCCAUAGCCCCAAGUGAGCGAACUUUUCUAAACGGAUGACAGUCAAAUUUAGAUACUAGAAGGUCACCAUCUGAUCAAUGGAUUAUAAUAUACUUUAGCCUGGCAGUCCAUCAAAGUUAGGAACUGGGAACCCACAUCAAACUGGAAGCAGUAAAUUGGGUUGCUGAGACUCAUUGGGCUGAAUUGCAUACUCCUGUUCCUAUGUCCUAUGGUCAUAUCAUGUCAGUCCUCACAUAUUCUCCCCUCAACAAUUCCCUUGAAAAACUUUCAUCCAGUAGUGUUGGGAAACUUGUUUAGAAAGUAGUGCCAGCUGCCCAGUCCCUAACAUUCCACCCACUCAGCAUCCUUAAGUGGUAAAAUUGUAAAACUCUCAAUCCCCAAGCAGUAGGUGUGUCCUGCUUUUCCCCUGACCAUCAUACAAAUGCAAUAUGCCUGUUCCCUCAGGACCCUUUACACAGCACUACAUAAAUCUUAUGACUCUCCCUUCUAAAAUGAUCUUCAACAUUACACAAACUGGUCUGUUGGGUCAUAAGAAGACCACAAAGAGCUUCUUCCAACAGCUGCUUAAGUUCAUUGCUGUAGCUAAAUGGAGUAACUAGAUCAUUGCAGUCCAGAAUACAAAGUUCUAAUGCUGCAAACUGAUACAAAACAACCAUUAAAUUUAUAACGCUUUUGCUUUCCCAUGGUAG